UUCACCCGCCAUUCCACACAGUUGGUCGUGCACGCGCCGCGCGAUCCUCCGUCGGCCUUGUAAAGAGAUACAUGCAACGCUGGCGAAAAUAACUCGACGUUCCUCACUUAAAGAAACUGGAUAAAUCAGAUAUAUCCAGAUGUAGGGGAGUUAGAAGCUCUCCAGAUGACUCCUCAAUCCCAUGGCCAUUACACAUAAGCAGGCCAUGAUGGUGCUUCAUCCAGAGGGUACAACCAAAUCUACUUUAGCACCCCAAACUUCGGCUUGCUCAUUGUUUGUUGUCCUUCAGCAGUUAAAUCCUGUUGGUGGAAGUCAGGACAUCCACACACUAUUGGUUAAAAAGGAAUCCAGCCCUGUGGGAAAAUCCACUACUGGCUCAAGUUCAACAAUCUUUAAUAAAAUGUCAUUUAAUAAAAUGCCUUUGGCAUCAGUGGCUGCUACAGACACCAGUAGUCAAGAAAGUAACUUCCCAGCUGAGGCUACUUGCAAUGACAUCACUGUUACUUUAGACAACAAUAAUAUGUGGAAUGAGUUUUUUAGAUGCCAGACUGAGAUGAUUCUGACUAAACAAGGCCGUCGAAUGUUUCCAUAUUGCCGUUUCCGUGUAUCUGGGUUGGAACCUUUCCAGAGAUAUAUGUUAGUAAUGGACAUGCACCCAGUGGACAAUUACCGAUACAAAUGGAGUGACAGACAAUGGGAGACCAAUGGGAAAGCUGAACCGCAUAGUCCAAGCUCUUUUGUACAUCCUGACUCCCCAGCUACUGGCUUCGACUGGAUGCAAAAUCCUGUUUCCUUUUACAAACUAAAGCUUACCAACAACCACUCGGACAAAGAGGGGAACAUUUCAAUAAAUUCUAUGCAUAGGUACCUUCCCCGGCUUCACAUAAUACCAGCAGAUAAAGUUGUGGAUUUAGUGCAGCUGAACGAACCUGAUGUUACAACAUUUAACUUUCCACAAACAGAAUUUUUUGCUGUCACAGCCUACCAGAAUUUAUCUAUUACCCAGCUAAAAAUUGACUACAACCCUUUUGCCAAGGGUUUCAGAGAGGAUGCUAACAACAGCCGAUCCGGCAAGCCUAAAAAUGGACCUUCCACUGAAAAAUUGGAGAGUGAGGCCAGAUCCAGCCAGAAUACUACAUUAAAUAAUCUUAAAUCAUUGUUUGCCAAGAGGAAUGCAGUUGACAAGGUUCCUGCUAAUGGGGACCUUAAAACUGUUCAUGGUAAUAGUCUCAUGGACUCUGAGCCUGAGAGAAAUUCUAGCAAUAGGAAACGUCCAUGGCCAGAAGGGCUGUCUGAAUUAAUUAAGAAUGCUCAUGUUAAGGUACAAAGGAUAUCCUCUGAGAAGGUUCCUGAUGUCAAUGACCAGCAAAAUAAUACUUGUCUGGAGACAGGAACCGUGGACUGUAAAUCUGAAAACCUUUCAGAUGAUGCUUUUGCCAGUAGUCCUGACACAAAUGUAAUCAACAGGACUAUUACUAAUGUUACAAAUCACAGUAUAACAGAGAAACCAGUGGCAAUGUUUGAAUCUACAGACUCAUCCAUGAUAAAUACAACCAAUAAGCAGUGCAACUAUUCAGAACAAACUUCCAGCACACCUAUAAAUGAAAUUGUGGCCACAACGUUGAAUGAAACAUCAGUUCCAGCUGAAAAUGAUAAUAGUAAGGAAACUUCACAAUCUGCUGGAAAACCUCUGGACUGUGGAGAUAAAGUGAAGAAGAAGCGGGCUGAACCAGUACCACUGCCUCUCCUUGCAUUAUUUCUACAACAGCUGAAGUCAAAAACGAGGCCUAGUAGAUCAGUGUCAAAAUCUGAAACCUGUAGUUCAUCAUCACACACUAAUGAAUCCUGUAACACUACUUCAGACUCUGACCCUACAAUUGCCUUACCCAUCAUACCUAAUGCCUUAGCGGAUACUGCACAGAGCUCUGCUUCUGAAGCUGUUUGUGCUACCACACCUGAUGCUUCUCUUAAUGAACCUGAACACAGUAAUGUUCCCACCUAUGAAUCCACUCAUGAACCCGACAUGAACUCCAGUACAGUUGUUUUUCCUGAACGUGCUCCAGAGACUAUUGCACAGCCUCUAUCAUCAGAUGUCACCAUGUCCUCCUCAUUACAUGACCCAUUGUCUCCAGAUGAGAGUCCACCAAGCUCAGCUCCCUCAUCUCCUGAUCCUUUUCCACCAAGCAUGUUCUCUGAUAGACCAAUUCCUCGUAGAAAGGUACUAAACCCAUUUCCAUCUUAUUUGUCUUCGACUAGACCAAGCCCACUUAUUGUGUUGCCAGACCCAUUACCAGGAAGUUUUCUAAAUAGAUCUAGAGACUCCGAGGAAUGUAUUCCAGCAGUUUAUAGUGUCAGAUGUGAAGAGACAUCUCCUGUAAUUCCUCCUGAUACUUCAAAGAAACUCAAACAGUCCUUGCAUACUACUACAAACAUAAAACCAAAAGUGACUGAAGACACAGCAGCUGUCCCAGCAAUGGAUCUUUCUAAAGACACAGUUCCAUCAAUUGUUAGUGUUAGUAUGGAGGCAGUCACUCAUGUCGUAUCCCCUGACACUUGUAUCCCAAUGGAAAUCAAAAAGUCAAUCCAGGACAUUACAAGCCCACAACUUCAGGCAAAGCAUGUAGAAGAUGAAAAAUCCAAAUUGGGUGAAGACACAGAAGUAACUGAAGACACUUUACCUUUUACAACUAAAGAGCCUUCUGGAGACACAACUGCGUCUGUUAAUGGUAUGAAAGUGAUCUGUCCUGUAAUUUCUGAACAGAGUACAAGCCUCAAAUCCGAAGUGAUACAUAACACAUGUGGAACGUCACAGCUGAGUCAAGAUACAGAUGUAAUGGAAGACCCUAUACACCUUCAAUGUGUAUUGCUUACUGAAGAGAGAGCUCCGGUAGUUCAUUGUGUCAAUAAGGAGGUAACCUCCAAUGCUGUCAUUUCCUUUGUUUCCGAUAUCCCAACGACAAUUAAACAGCCAUCAAAGAAUAUUGCUGGCAAAAGAAACAAGUUGAAACAUAGACAAGGUGCAAAGCCAAAGAUAAGUGAAGAUACAAUACUAAUGGAAGGCCCUACAGCGGUCCCAUUGCAGCCCAGCCUUGAAGAUGUGGAGGGUCAGUUGUUUGUUUCAUUUAAGUCAAAGAAAGCACUCAAAAUUCAUCUUGGAGAUCAAGCUGGAGAAAGGGUUUUACAACAAAAAUCAGGAAACGCAGAAGGGGAAGUAACUCCUGAUGUAAAGAAAAGAAUUAAUGCUCUCGAAAAGCACCUUUUAGGCGACUUAAAAAUAAUGAGGCACAGACAGGUCAUCCACCCAGUGCUGCAAGCAGUCGGCCUGAAGUUGAACCUGCUGAAUCAUUCUCUAGCCAUAGAUCUGCAGUAUCUGGGUGUUUGCUUGCCUAUUCCUUUACCUGCUGUCUUGCCAGAUGAAAGCUCAGGAAGUUGCUCAUCACAGUUUUCCUUUGUUUCUAGGACAGGAAAAACAACUGAUUUGACUAAAAUUAAAGGAUGGAAAGAUAAGUUUGCCACCACGAACUCUUCAUCUUUUCCUGGAGAUGCUGGGCAAAAGAACCUCUCUGCUUUCUGUAGUGACAUGCUUGAUGAGUACUUGGAAAGUGAAGGCAGGCUUAUUGAUGAGAGAGUAACCAGCUUUUCACAGGCUUCUCAGUUCAGUCCGGUGGCCUACGAGAUGCCCACCAAAAGCACAAGCUAUGUUCGUACUUUGGACAGUGUUUUAAAAAAACAGACUCCUCCAGCGGACACCUUCAAGUCUUCCACUGCAACAAAAAGCACUCCUAAAAAAUGGAAAAACAAGAAGGUUGUCAUGUCACAGGAAAAAUCAAAGAAAUCUGCUGCCAAAAAGCCAUCAGACAACAAAGACAAGCAGUUGGCCACAAAUGUAAAGGAAAGCUCUUUAAAGAAAUCUGCUAGGUCUGCUACAAAAUCAGCAUCCAGUGAGUCAUCAGCUGGUUAUAGCUUGUCGCAAAACGAAGAAUCUGACAAAAUCAAAACAAAGACAGGAUCCAAGACCUCACAAGCUUCUGCACAGCUUAUUGAAAAGCCUGUCGAGGGUAGCUCCUCUGUGGCUCCCUUGGUACAGAACUCUUCUAGCACCCAUGGUUCAAGCCUGGCUGGAGGGCGCAGGUUAAUGCUGAACAAAACUCUGGUUAAACUUAUGGACAUAGAGGAUGGUGCUGUCUGGGAGGGGAGACAUCGUACCUACAUCACUGAGGAACGGGCAGCCAUUGCUCUAUCCUGCCUCAUUACAGCAGAGGGUCCAAUGGAAAAAAGCUCCUCUACCAUCAUAAAAAGACGUGCACCUCCAUGUCUCAAUGACUUUUGUCGGUUGGGGUGUGUUUGUGCUAGUCUGAGUCAUCAGAGGCGACAGCAUCAUUGCCACAAAUUUCAGUGCAUGUUGCGUUGUAACUGCCUUCGACAUAAAGUCCUUUUGAAAAGUCCUGCAACAGAUAAAGUUUCAAACGAUUUGCCCUUACAGCUAAAUAAUUCCAAGAAAAAGGAAAAGAAACUAAAGAAGAGUAAAAAGCGGAUGUCCUACAUUCUAUUCGAACCUGAAGGAGCACCUGAGCCGGCUGCACAUGUGAAAAAAUUAUGGGACCAAAACUGUGACUCGGAUUCAGAUAGACUUUUCAGUCCCUCUACUACCAGGCCUUUAGAUCUUCCACUGUUAUCACCAGAGCAGCAGCAAAAUGUGGAAAGCAUUUCUCAUCCUGUACUUAGUAAAAUCGAAAAAGAUUUGAGAAUUGUUGAAGAUCAAGAAAGCUGGCAGGACUGUGCCCGUGUGAGGCCAUUUUACUGGAAAAAACUAUCUUCUAGACAAACAGGCAUGAAGGACGACUCUUCAAAGCUAAGUUCACACCAUUUGCUACAAGAAAAGGAAGAAGGAAGGCCAUCCACCCAGUCUGGUUCUGCCAAACGACUAGAAAUUGUGUCCAAAUGCAGCUUGGCAACUGAAGGCAACACAGAAAACAUCCUGCACACAUUGUGUGAGCAUAUGACACAGGAUCGUCUGGACCAUCCCUUCUGGAUUGGCAAGUUCCAAAUCAAACUCAUAUCAAAGACUUUAUCCAAGGAGACAAAAGAAGGGUCCACUAUCACGUACAGAGUAGCCAUCUGCCAGCCUAAGCUUAAGGAAAGUGAAGAGCAGAUUAUGGAUAAGAGGACAAAGCAGUUGGAAGCCCAGUUGAUUAAUACCAUAGGGAAAAGCAAGGUGAAAGGCCUUCCCCUUCUCUCUAUGGUCACUCCUGCCGGUUUGCUACAAGCUAAGAAAAAAACUCCUGGUGCCUCUGGCCAAAUAUUGGUUAAUGGAAAACCAUAUCCACAAGCCAAGCUUGAACUGGGCAAGAUGGGGGCUUUGCACCCAGCCAACAGACUAGCUGCUUACAUCACAGGGAGAGCAUGCCCUGCUAACAAACCUGCCACUAAGGUCUUAGUCACAGCUGCUCCUACACCAAUUACUACUACCCCCACCAGUGUGCCAACAACAACAUCUGUUACCACUACACUUUCUUCUACUGUUAUAUCAGUUGUGCCCACAGUGACCAAACCUCUGUUGGGAGCAGAUUUUGCCCAGGCUGUGUUUAACCAGGUUAAUUCCCAGCAGCCGAAGCUGCCCAGCGAAAGUACACCACCAUUGCAGAAUCAAAUUAAAAAUAUUAUUAACCCUCCUUCACUGGUGACUGGAGCCACUGUGGUCUCAGUUUCCCCUACCACAACUCCAAAAGCAAUAAUAGAUGCUGGGUCUUCAUCAGUCAACACAGGUGCCAAGUCAUCACUGGGAACAGACAAUGCCCAGAUUGUGAUAAAUUCCCAGAAGCAAACGCUACCUGGCAGUAGUGCACCUCUGUUGCAGAGCACAAUUAAAAAGGUCAUCAUACCUUCUUCUUCUGCAAUGAACAUGGCCACAGGGGUCUCAGUUUCUUCUAGCAUAUCUCCAAAAACAAAUAUGGUCUCUCAGCCAUCUGCUCUACCUGUCACUAAAGUGAUUAAGGUAAUAAUUCCCAAAUCUGGAUCAGCUAAACCAAAGGAUACGGCCACAGUCUGUGCUACUGGACCUUCUGGAGCUCUUCCUAGUGCUGGAGUCAGGUUGAUGCAGCCUGUAAAUCUGUCUACCCCACCCGUUCCUGGUCAGAAGAUGAUGGCGUUUAAAGCAGCUAAUGGAAACUUCUUGUGCCGUGAUUCUAGUGGCAAGCUAAUUCAACUAAUGCCCCUCAGCCAGUUUAAAGCCCUCAAACCUAAUUUUGUCAUGCCUAAACAAUCUUAUGUUAUCCGUUUACCAACUCCUAACACAGUCCCAUUAAGUAAGCCUGGCAGUACUGCCUUCACUACUGUCACCUCACCCACACCUUCCUCUGCUAUGCCACAAGUUCAAAAUCUGCCAUCAAUACACAGAACUGCAACAGAAAAUGUUACUUCAACCAUCACCUCAACAGUAGCUACAAAACCAGUCACCUCUCUUUCUGGCUCCAGUUGCUUGUUGUUUACAAGUCAGCCUGGAACAGUAAAAAUACUCCCAAAGUUUCUUAGUAAUACUGACACAAGUACUGUCAGAAUUGUUCCUCAAAAUGAUGAAACCACCAAAGUAGUGCAGGAUUUCAAAAUCAUUAAUUCAACUGCAUCAGAUCAAAGCUCUUUGGAUGUUCUCCCUGAUCAAGGCUUCAUCCAGCUUGCUCCCCAAAGCUGCAUAACCCAGGAGAGUCAAGAUGUUCAAAAAUCAGACGACUCCAUCCAGAUCAGCUCAAUUUCAAGUGAAGAACAAAAUAUUAAACCAUUUCAUUGCUCAAAAUCAUCCAAUGAGGUGGUUUUUGCAGACCACUCGUACACUCAUGAGACAAAAACUACCACAUCACCUGAGAAGACUGCUGAUAUGAAAGUUAGCUCUGCAUAUAACACUCUCAAACAGGAGUCAUUGGAAAUGGUUCCUAUUAAGCAGGAGCAAGAAACCAAUGUCAAAUAUGUUGUCCUAGGCACUGAGAGUGGUGGGGGAGGGAACACAGGAUCAUAUAUAGAGCAAGUGGAGAUUAAAUCAGAAUGCUCAGAAUUAACUGAAGAUUCAGAGAUGUAUGAUGAAACUGAGACUGCUGAAUUCAGUGCCGAGGAGGACCUGUGUCACACAGUCACUGGUUCUAAUAGGGAAAAAAUAAAUAUAGAGAGACAAGAUUCUUUAGAUGAUGAGCUGGUUGAUAUAGAAACGAUUAAGGAAGGGCCUAAAGAAUUCACAACAACUCUUGAAAUGACGCGGCAAGUAAGCCAUCAAGAUGACUCUUCAUCAGAGGAGAGUGAAAAUGAAAAAUCAGACAUUAUGAAAUUUAGAAGGCAGAAGGUGAAGAAAGAAAGAAAGCGACGAAGUGCUUUGAAAAAUAGCUUUGACAAGCUGAUGCAAACUCUCUAUGUUGAAGAUCCUAAAAUUCCCAACAUAAAGUUGCUAAAACUGGCACUUAAAGAGAUUAGGUCUCUUAAUCAACAAAGAGAUGACCUGCAGAAAAUGCAGAACAAGAUGCAAGAGAAAAGAUCACACUUUCUUGAUAAAGCAUCCCGCUUAUCAGGAAAGUCUGAGGAGUCCAUCCAUAAGAAGUUGAAUGAACUCAUUGCUAAAGGGAAAUCUCUGGGAAUCGAAGACAAAUCAAAUUAUGUCAGUCUUCCAAAAUCUACACCGAGGGAUCAGAACUUCACACAAGCAGAUCUUAGUAUCAGCACACAGAAAAGUGUGCAAUCCCAGCAAAUAAGAAAAGAUGAUUCACUUGGACCCACUCAGUCAGCCAGUACCUUAAGUGUUAUGAAUUCAUCAACUUUUAAUCCAACAACACAGCUACAAAACAAUCUUCCAUUAGCUAAACCAGUUGAAGCACAACGUGAAAGAACAAGGCCCAACAUUCUGUCUCGCAGAAUACCUGAGACCAAGGUUUCAGAGCAAGUAAUUGUUCCUCAAGUGAUUCCACUGGGGAUUACUUCCAAUCCCAUUAUUCCAUCCAGUCAGAUAAUUCUUAUAAACAACCCUAUUCAGCCUAUUAACAACCAACCAACCACACCAGGGGUUGCAGCUGUCUCAAUAUCCGUUCCUUAUUUUGCUCAUCCGAUACGUGUGGAGAAUCCACACGUUUUUCAGCCACAAGUUAAGCCCACCGACAGCCCUCUUAACAGCACCACACCAGUUAAAAACUUAAACCUCCCUAAGAUUGCCAGAGUGGUUUCUUUGGUAGCACCGAAAGAUCCGGUCAACCCAUCUUCCGCUGUUUUGCAAAACACAGAAAUUCCAGUUGGAGACCAGACACAGACAACAAGUAAUCCAGCACCUAUACAGGCACAGCAGAAUGCCCCUUUUAUUGAAGCACACCUGGACCAACUGCCUUCAAAUGUUGUACCUAAAAAACUUGAGCAAAGUACAGUUGAUGCUUUAACUAAACCAAAAGAAGGAAGUAGCACUCCUAACAGUGAGCAAGAAAAUGAAAGUCUGAUGUCGCUGCUUGAUGAGCUUGUUUUUCUUAACCAGCAGAUGAACAAUGAGACAUUAAAGCCGGAGGAAGAACCUCAGAGAUCUACUGAGGCGAAAGAUCCAAUGACAAGCCAGCUUACUGAAAAAGAUGUGAACUUAGAUGAAUGCUCUCUCAGCCCUCUGUUCCUCAAACUAGAUGAGGAUCUUACAUCUAUCUCAAAGGAUGAGGAAACAAGUAAUAUCCCAUCUAAAGUUAAUGAACAUGACUUCCCUUGUAAUUUAAUACAAUCAGAACCAGCAGAAAGUAGCAGUAAUUUUCAAGUCCCAGCAUGUAAUGUUAAACCAAAUCCAUCUCCACCCCCUCUGCUUCAGAUGAAAGUUGGAGGGACUACCAGCAUGGACUCUAUGAAAAACCAGGCAAAUGUAUCAUGGCGGCCCAUGCCUAAGCUUGCUCCUUUGGGGCUAAAGACUCUGGAAGCAGGGAAACCUAAAGCUACCAGUCUUCAUGUCCAUAAAACUCAUUGAAAUAUUAACUAGUCUUCAUAGUCUUCAUGUAUAGUGACCACAUGAUCAGGGAAGUUUGCUGUGUCAUCAUUGUAUAUUAGUAUAUAGUUUUGUAACAUAGGACUGCUAUUUAUUUGUUUUUAAUACAUUUCAUAUUCCUUCUUCAUCAAGAACUACAUAAUGUGCCUUUAUUAAAUCCAAAGCUUUUAUCUCGUAUUUUGUAGGAGCAGAAUAAGGAGGUGUGCUUUGGUUAGAUGGGUGUCUUUAAAAUGUUCUGUUCUUUAUUUUUUAAAGGUGUCAAUAGUUUAAUGAAAUUACCAAUCUGCGCAUAGUUUUGUAUAUAAUAAUGUAAAGUUUGUUAUCUGUUGAUACAAAUAAUUUGGAAAAAAUGAUUGAGUUUCAAUUGUAAAUGUCUAACACUGAUAUAGGACCAUGACAUUUAACCCACUGUAUGUAAAUAAAAACAGCAAAAAUACAGUGCAUGCUA